UCCGGCUAGGGAACCAGGUGGCCGAACGCGAGCGUCAGUCGGCAGUCGAGGUAGGCAGCGCUGCUGCAGAGCGAGCGAGCGAGGGAGAGCCGGCGAGGGGUCUGGGGGAGGCGGCGCAGGAGCAGAGGGAGCAGCAGCAGCCCCCCGGGCAGCCCGACUCCCAGGGCUGGGAAGCUGGGCAAGGCAUCCCUCGCGCGCCCCCGCCGAUGAGGACUUGGGGGGCCGAAGGCGAGCCGUCGAGCCCCUGAGAGAGCCACAGCCGGGAGGGACGCGGCGUCGCCAGGCGGAGAGGUGCGGUCCCAGCCCCCGCCGCCGCCGCCAUGGGGAACCGAGGCAUGGAGGAUCUAAUCCCCUUGGUCAACCGGCUCCAGGAUGCCUUCUCCGCCAUCGGGCAGAACGCCAACCUGGACCUGCCCCAGAUCGCCGUGGUCGGGGGGCAGAGCGCCGGCAAGAGCUCCGUCCUGGAGAAUUUCGUCGGGAGGGACUUCCUGCCUCGCGGAUCUGGCAUCGUCACCAGGCGCCCUUUGGUCCUGCAGCUGGUCAAUGCCACCACAGAACAUGGCGAGUUUCUACAUUGUAAAGGAAAGAAGUUCACUGACUUCGACGAGAUACGUCAGGAGAUUGAAUCAGAGACUGACAGAGCUACUGGAUCCAACAAGGGCAUCUCUCCUAUCCCAAUCAAUCUGCGAGUCUAUUCUCCUCACGUCUUGAGUCUGACCCUGGUGGAUCUGCCCGGGAUGACUAAAGUUCCAGUUGGCGACCAGCCUCCUGACAUUGAGUUCCAGAUUCGUGACAUGCUCAUGCAGUUUGUCACCAAAGAGAAUUGCCUCAUCCUUGCAGUAUCCCCAGCCAAUUCUGAUCUGGCUAACUCUGACGCUCUCAAGAUCGCUAAAGAAGUCGACCCUCAAGGCCAGCGUACCAUUGGAGUGAUCACCAAACUGGACCUGAUGGACGAAGGGACUGAUGCUCGAGACGUCUUGGAGAACAAGCUGCUUCCACUGCGGAGAGGCUACAUUGGUGUGGUCAAUAGAAGCCAGAAGGAUAUUGACGGGAAGAAGAAUAUUCAGGCUGCGUUGGCUGCAGAGAGGAAGUUCUUUCUCUCCCACCCAGCAUACAGGCACAUGGCUGAUCGCAUGGGUACCCCCUACCUGCAGAAAAUACUGAACCAGCAACUGACCAACCACAUCCGAGACACACUGCCAGGCCUGCGAAACAAACUCCAGAGCCAGCUUCUCUCCAUUGAGAAGGAAGUGGACGAAUACAAGAACUUCCGCCCUGAUGACCCUGCCCGCAAGACCAAAGCUUUGCUACAGAUGGUUCAACAGUUUGCUGUGGACUUUGAGAAACGCAUCGAAGGCUCUGGCGAUCAGAUUGAUACCUACGAGCUGUCUGGAGGUGCUAGGAUCAAUCGCAUCUUCCACGAACGGUUCCCCUUUGAGUUGGUGAAGAUGGAAUUUGACGAGAAAGAGCUCCGAAGAGAGAUCAGCUACGCCAUUAAGAACAUCCAUGGUAUCAGAACCGGUCUCUUCACGCCUGACAUGGCCUUUGAGACCAUUGUGAAAAAGCAGGUGAAGAAGAUUAAAGAGCCUUGCGUGAAAUGCGUGGACAUGGUGAUUUCGGAAUUAAUCAAUACCGUUAGACAGUGCACCAAGAAGCUCAGCCAAUACCCACACCUGAGGGAGGAAAUGGAGCGAAUUGUUACAACCCACAUCCGCGAUCGAGAGAGCAGGACCAAAGAUCAGGUCAUGCUCUUGAUUGACAUUGAACUAGCCUACAUGAACACAAACCAUGAAGAUUUCAUUGGCUUUGCCAAUGCUCAGCAGAGGAGUAGCCAGAUGAGCAAGAAGAAAGCCGCCGGCAAUCAGGUGAUCCGCAAGGGUUGGCUCACCAUCAACAACAUUGGCAUCAUGAAGGGCGGCUCCAAAGAGUAUUGGUUUGUCCUGACAGCCGAGAACCUCUCGUGGUACAAGGAUGACGAGGAGAAAGAGAAGAAAUAUAUGCUGCCAGUCGAUAACCUGAAGGUGCGGGAUAUCGAGAAGGGCUUCAUGUCCAGCAAACAUAUCUUUGCCCUCUUCAACACAGAGCAGAGGAAUGUUUACAAAGAUUAUCGGCAGCUGGAGCUGGCAUGUGAGACCCAGGAGGAGGUUGAUAGCUGGAAGGCGUCCUUCUUGCGUGCAGGGGUUUACCCAGAGCGUGUUGGGACCAGCGAGUCAGAAGAGAACGGAUCCGACAGCUUGAUGCAUUCCAUGGACCCUCAGCUGGAGAGACAAGUGGAAACAAUCAGGAACCUCGUGGACUCCUACAUGGCCAUCGUCAACAAGACCAUUCGCGACCUCAUGCCGAAGACCAUCAUGCACCUUAUGAUAAACAAUACAAAGGAAUUUAUCCACUCAGAACUUCUAGCAAACCUGUAUUCCUGCAGUGACCAAAAUACCCUGAUGGAAGAAUCUGCAGAGCAAGCCCAGCGGCGGGAUGAGAUGCUGCGCAUGUACCAUGCCUUGAAGGAGGCGCUGAACAUCAUCGGGGAUAUCAACACCACCACCAUCAGCACUCCCUUGCCCCCGCCGGUGGACGACUCUUGGCUGCAGGUGCAGAACAUACCGUCCGGACGCAGGUCUCCCACGUCCAGCCCUACACCACAGAGGAGAGCUCCGGCAGUCCCGCCCACCAGACCUGGAUCGCGCGGCCCAGCUCCUGGACCUCCGCCUGCUGGUGGUCCCACCCUGGGUGGUGCUCCUCCUGUGCCCUCUAGGCCAGGGGCAUCCCCUGACCCUUUUGGGCCUCCCCCUCAGGUUCCGUCUCGGCCCAACCGUGCACCUCCUGGUGUCCCCAGCCGGAAGGGCCCAGCUUCACCUACUCGACCCACCAUAAUCCGACCAGCUGAACCGUCCCUCUUAGAUUUAUAGCCUGAGGCCUGUAGACAGCUGGUGACAAGCGCUGUGCCCGGGGCUUUCCUGCCCCAGCAACCCAAUCCCUUGCUCCUCUCACAGAACCAUCCACUCCUCUCCGCUGUCCCUUCCCACACGUCGUAUAAAUGCUCGUUAGCGACUGAGCUCUUCUUCGUCUUCUCUCGUGUAUCCUGUAUUGCUUUGUGAGCGUAGAGUAGUCCUAGUUCAGUGGCAUGGUAAACUUGGAAGGACCCGAGAUCUUUGGAGCACUGUUUUUACAGGAGCGUCACAGUGCACCAAAAUGGCAGCUGUGUUGACCUGCCUGGUCUGUGCACAGUGUCCUGCCUCCACUGGUUGGCUGUAGUGUCUAGCGCUAAUCUAUAGCUAUGUAACCUUUUUUUCCCUACUAUAGUUAAGAUGGAACAUGCAAUUCUGGAUGAGGAUACACAAAGAUACUGUUAACAAAAGGCAUUAACGUUGCUAACGGCUGGUAUGUGGGUUUGUUUACUGGGGGCAGUAAAGCAAUUGUGGAGGGUUUACUGAAUAAUGCAGUCUUGCAACCCAUGAAGUCUGUCGUUAUCGCAAAGUGGAAGGAACCAACACAAUGGGUGACCCUUCAUUCGUUGAAGUAGCAAAGGAGGGUUAAGCGACACUGGCUUUUACCAGCAGGUGACCUGUAUUAGUGCUUGCAACGGACUUUCCACAAAAGCAAGAGAGGUGAAUCUCCUUCCUCUCCACAGAAAUGGACUAGCUAAUAUUUCCAGGAGAGUGUGCUGUGUAAAUGUUUUAUUGCAACUACCUUUGCUUCAGACGAAAAAAAGAAAACACACUACUUGUUUGAUGUCUUGAGGAUCCUAUCGGCCGUAAUAGCCUUUACUACUUGCAUGCAGAUGGUACAUAUAUUAAUGCGGGGGGAAAUGUUUGUUACUGCAAGUCUUGACUCGUCAUUUUCACUGGCUUCUUUAUGUACAUGCUGAGGGGUAAAUACAAAAAUAUUUAAAGAAAAAAGGAGACCUGCAACAUCUUGUCCCUUCAAAAGCCAAAUUUAGACAUUCUGUUUGUAAAAUUUCCAAGUCAUCCCCACUUACAAUUUUGAGUUUUUACCGUUGUUUUUGAUUUCUGUUGAAGAUCCUCUUGACGUCAGCUUCUGAGGUCUGAUCCUUUCCAUAUUUUAACUGUUUUACUUUUUUGUCCUUCUCCCAAACCCUCUCUCUCUCCCCCCCUUUUCUUUUGUGUUCUUGUCUUUCUUUAAA